CUUCACAGGUGGAAGAGAAAACAAGAUGCCCAUCCUCAUCUCCAAGAUUUUCAAGGGACUGGCUGCAGACCUAACAGGUGCUCUUUAUGUUGGUGACGCCAUCUUGUCCGUGAAUGGGGCUGACUUAAGCGAUGCCACCCAUGAUGAUGCCGUACAAGCUCUGAAGAAGACUGGCAAAGAGGUGGUGCUGGAAGUAAAGUACAUGAAGGAGAUAUCCCCCUUUUUCAAAGGCCCCAUCCCCGGUGGCCCAGGGAGCUGGGAUAAUAUACCACCUGUUCCCCCACAGAAGAGGGGCUCCCCUGCUCUGCCCCCCCGGGAUAUAAAGGAUGGAAAGAGUAUUCCACUAAAGAUGUGUUUUGUGUCCCGCACCUUCUUGCCUGCUGACCCAGAGCCCAGAUAUCUCGAGAUUUGUUCUGCAGAUGGUAGAGAUGUUCUUUUCCUUCGAGCAAAGGAUGCAGGGACAGCCCAGUCAUGGUUCAGUGCCAUUCACAGUAAUGUCAGCGCUCUAAUACCAAGAAUCCGUGAGGAGAUUAAACAGAUCCUGGGCAAGGAGGUCAAACACAUGGGCUGGCUGACUGAACAGCUGGCGCCAGAGGGAAAGCGGAACCUCAUGGCCAUUCUUACAGAAAAAGAUUUCCUAUUGUACAACAGCCUCCCGCACACCAGAGAGGGGUUCAGUAAACCGGCCAUCUGCCACCCGCUCAUUGCCACCAGGCUUGUACACUCUGGACCCCCCAAGAGUUCACCGCUGUAUGACACUGAGCUGGCCUUUGCCCUUCGGUCUGGCACACAGAAGGGGGUGGAAACUCACUUGUUCAGUGUGGCGACACCCAGAGAGCUGGCAGAAUGGACCCGGGCAUUAGUAGACGGAUGCCACAAUGCAGCUGAGCUUAUACAAGAGGUGACAACAGCUUGUACAUGGGGAGGAAAGGAGUGCGCACUCUCGAUACACAUCGACAAAGGAUUCACACUAUUCACGGAGGAGCCUGGACUCAACAGAAUCGUUCACCUUCAUAAACCCUUCGAAAAACUCCGGAUGUCCUCUGACGAUAGUACCAGGAUGUUAUAUCUGGACUUUGGCAACCCCGAGGGUGAACUUCAGCUAGAUCUUCACUCUUGUCCCAAAACCAUCGUCUUCAUCAUUCACUCGUUCUUGUCAGCCAAGGUGUCUCGCAUGGGUCUCUUACCGUAA